AUGUUUUUCAAGAACUAUAUUCUUACAUUGUUGAUCAUUUUGAAUAGUGGUCAACAAAUUAAUUCACAAACAACAUGUCAGACAGUGCUGGAUUUAAUUAUUCUUCUUGAUGGCUCUGGCAGUAUUGGAAGCGCUUCCUUUGCGCAAGCUAAAACGGCAGUGGCUGAUUUAAUUAGUCGAUUAAACGUUGGACCACAUAAAGUACAUGUCAGCUUACUCCGGUAUUCGUCGACUGUUGAAAAUUCCUAUAUAUUCAACAAAGUUGGAAGUAAUCAAAUGAAAGACCAAAUCAUUAAAGUCGUCAAUGGAUUGCAAUAUAACGGUGGCGGAACAGCAACCGGCGAAGCAAUUCAACGAGCAAGAAGUGUGUGCGACGCGGCAUGUCGAAAUUCAGAAGAACUAGUACCACGCGCAGUGGUUCUGUUCACUGAUGGCCACAGUAAUAGUGCUAGCUUAGUUAAAACAGAAAGUGAAUUGUUAAGAGACAGAACACAAGCCGUCGUAUUUUCUGUUGGAAUUGGAUCCGGUAUCAAUAUUCAGGAAUUACAACUUAGUGCAUCACAACCAUACAGUAAAUAUGUGUUGCAGCUGAGUAACUAUUUACAAUUAACACAAGUCAUCAAUCAAAUAACACUCAUAGCGUGCAAUGUUCCAGCAUUUAAUGAACCUGGUGUUGUUUAUAAAAAUGAAGUAGAAAAGGACACAUAUCAAUUUUAUCAGAUGAGCCUCAAAGGUUUCCGUUCAGGUUUGGGCGGAUUUGUUGAAAUUGCUGUCAAUAUGACCCAAGGUUAUGUUCAAGUAUUUACGUCAACAACAGAACCAAACCCAACAAGUGACAAUAGUAAAAAAAAACUUGUUCAACGACGAAUUGCCACAACCAUGACAGACAUUUAUAUGGAAUAUAUACCACCAAAUACUGAGAAGUUUUAUUCAAGUUUCAAAGGUAGUUCAAAUAUAAACCAGUAUACAUUUGUCACAACACUAACGAGUCUUAAUGAUGCCAAUAUUGGUUAA